AUGGAGAACUCACUCUUCGGCAAGCUCUCCGCAGAACUACGGAACGACAUCUACAAGCGCGUACUCUCAGCCGACAGAUCACUGGCGAUUUGCUCCGGGCCCUCCGAGCUCCGUAAAGCCAGGCAGCCACCAAUAACUCGAGUCUGCAGCCAGAUCCGUGAAGAAACCCUACAAAUGUUCUACCACUGCAACACCUUUGUCGCAGAAAUAUCGGCGCACACGAACUGGACUCCCGACCCCGACAGAUGGGUCAUUGACAAAAUCGACAAAAUCGAGCAUUGGCUCCAGUGCACGACUGCCCAGAACCUCGCCAAUGUCCAAGAUCUGCGGCUUGUGAUGACCCUACCUGACUACUGCUACUUCGAAGACGCCGAGGAUGAUUGGGAAGGCUUGAACCAGGAGCUGACACGACUCGGUCUGGUUGGAGGUGGCGCGAACCCUAAGAUGAAAGUGAUCGCAUGCCUGCGCGCAACAUCCCGUGACUUCAAAGACUUCCGUGAGAGGCGCAAGAGGGAGACGAAGGCGUUCUUCGAUAGCCUUGAGUUUGAGGUCGAGGUCGUUUGGGAGAAAAUGGACGGGACCUGGUGCUGA